UUACUGGGUGUAAACACGGCUUCAGACAUGUUACUGGGUGUAAACACGGCUUCAGACAUGUUACUGGAUUUAAACACGGCUGGUAAUGGUGUUACUGUAUCAGGUGAUAUGAAAACUGUAACCGUGUCAGUAAUAAACCAGCGACGGCCAGAAACACCAGAGAGAUUUCAGUAUAAUCAGGUUUUAAGCUCCAGGAGUUUCUCCUCAGGGCGACAUUACUGGAAAGUGGAGGGCAGUGAAUCAGGAGGAUGGGCGGUAGGGAUGGCCUAUCACAGUAUAGACAGGGAAGGAGAUCAGUCAGGGAUUGGAUUUAAUAACAAGUCCUGGGGUUUGGGGUGGGGGUAUAAUAAGCAGUAUUUUGUUAGACAUGAACGUAAUAAAAUCCAGUUACCUCACCCCCCUUCCAGCCGGAGAUUCGGGAUAUUCCUGGACUACGAGGCCGGGCGGCUGUCGUUUUAUGACCUGUGUGACCCCAUCAGACACUUACACACCUUCACUGCCACCUUCACUAAGCCGCUUCAUCCUAUAUUCUGGGUAUAUGGGGGUAAUGUCUGGCUGAGAAUGUAUUGAAUGAUUUAUUAAUCUAAUUAAAGAGAUUAAGCUGGAAAUCCCGGAGUGGGAAUCAGGAGCCGGUAAUACUGAUCUGGGUGUGGACGGAGCAUCACAACAAAUUUAGCCCCGCCCACUUGAACUGGGUGUGGGCGGAGCCUGUUACUAAGCAACAGCUGCCCUGUGUGUCACUGUGUGUGAUUGUGGGUGAAUUUUACCAACAUUAAAGCAGAAUUACUCAAUACAGAAAAACGUCUCUAUAAUUAAACUGCAUUCACAGCUUGUAUCCUGCAUUUUAGAGGUUGUUUUUUAAUUCACUGAUUAAAUCCGUGUGUUUGUGAGUUUGUGUUGUCUGAGGGUGAUGAGAAUUUUAUUGCAUCUGAAAUGUCAGUUACUGGCAGCCUCUGGUACUGGUAGCUGUUCUGGACUUCAACUCCCAUCAUGUGUUUUACGCCUGCACUAUGUGUGUGAAUGUGUGUUAGUGUGUGUCACCUUGUCAGUGUUUGUCAUUAUGUGUGUUAGUGUGUGUGUGUGUCAUAAUGUGUGUUAGUGUCUGUGUCAUAAUGUGUGUUAGUGUGUCAUAAUGUGUGUUAGUAUGUGUGUCACCAGUGGCGUACAUACCGGUAUGCAUGCCAGUGUGCCCACAUUUUGCCAGCCUCUUCUCAGGAGCUGGUCACCUCAGGGUCUCCCCGAGGCUGGCAAUGGCUUCAGUUUGCCAGCAGCCGGGAUGUGAGUGUGUAUGUGUGUUAGUGUGUGUGUGUCAGUGAGUGUGUUACUGUGUGUGUGUCUGUUAAUGAGUGUGUUAGUUUGUGUGUGUCAGUGAGUGUGUUACUGUGUGUGUUAGUUUGUGUGUGCCUGCUAGUGAGUGUCAGUAAGUGUGUUAGUGAGUGUUACUGUGUGUGUGUCACUGAGUGUGUUUGUGUGUCUGGUAUUGAGUGUGUGUCUGCUAAUGAGUGUCAGUGAGUGUGUGUGUUACUCAGUGUGUUAGUUUGUGUGUGUCUGUUAGUGAGUGUGUGUUUGUCAGUGAGAGUGUAUGUUUUGUGAGUGUGUAUGUGUGUAUGUCUCUGAGUGUGUGUCUGUCAGUAAAUGUGUGUGUCUGUUAGCUAGUGUGUAUGCGUCUGUUCGUGAGAGUGUGUAGUUAAAACUCCUUCAGCACCUACCUUGUUUCAGUGCCAGGCUCCCUUGGCGCUGGGGAUCUCUCCACCCCGAU